AUGACAAAAGUAAACAAAUACUUCCUGCCACCAACGGCACUGAUUCCCAACUCCCCUCGGCCACUCCUUCAUUAUCCAGGCUACUUCAAAACCAAAGAUAACGGAAGCGCACGAGAUGCACACGUAACAUUUCUUCAAAAUGGCUGGGAAACACAAUGGGUCUUCCGAUACGGCCAGACGCAGCGUUCACACUAUCAUUCCGGCGUACAUGAAUGCAUGGCCGUGCUUUCAGGCACCGCCACUAUCCGGUUCGGUGUCGCAGAUACCUCAGAGGACAUGGAUGAGAAUACGCUUGGGGAUAAGAAGGAACAAGGUGGAAUUGAGCUGGAGGCAAAGGCUGGUGAUGUCUUUGUACUACCCGCCGGUACGGCACAUAAGACAUACAACACCCAGCCGUCUGCCUCGUUCACCCUUUUAACGCCCGGCGAUGGACAUCAUAUUGCUGGGGGUGAUGUGGUAAAAGCGUUAGAGGAGACGGAUAAUAGACUCUCCGGGUUUACCAUGAUUGGGGCGUACCCGAUAGAAAACGCAGGUUGGAACUCUCAGAGGGGAGGGGAGGAUACGGGCGCAUAUGAACGAGUUUGGAACGUUCCGAAGCCCAGCGCUGAUCCAGUUCUGGGAAACUCGUCAGAGGGACUGCAAGGGUUGUGGGAUUAG